CAACGGACGAUUCACUUCUCUGUCAAGCUUUAUAGUUAUAUAACAAGGUUUGUCGUUGCACACACGAAAAUAACGGACAAUCAUAAGGUAAGUAAAGAAUACUGAUAUCAAUUCAAUUUUCUGACAGGACAAGCAAUAUUGAAUGAAUCCAAAAUGACAUUCUAUAGUCCCUUCAGACAAUCCACUGGAAACAGUAAUUUCAAGUCCAACUAGUUCAUAGUGUUCAAAUCCCCAGCAGCAUGAUUUUGUCGAUGGCUAGGUAAUGUCGCAAGCAAAGUCCUAUUCAAAUGUCGUCAUUCACAAGUCUACCUCACAUGCAGUGCAUGCUCUAUAUAUAGACUAUAUUCGUUUUGCUAUUAGCUGUGAAAUUUUCCGCAAGCAAUUCGUAUAACUCCAACCAAAGAGUGAAGGUAUAUAAAGCGUCGUAACAGUUUUGUAUUAAAUCAUCACGCGUUUUCGAGUUUACAUAUAAUCAUCUACUUGUCCCUAUCAUUAAAUCAUGGCUAAUUUAUCAUCAUAUAGGCAUGGCUAUGGGAGAAAUCAUUGCGGGCUUUGAAGGUAUGAGAACGUCAGUUUACACUGAUACACGAGGACUUAAAACUAUCGGUGUGGGUUUCAACAUGGAACAAGCGAAUGCACGUCAAAUCUUUCAAAGAAAUGUACCCGAUGCGUCUUUUGACGACGUUCUUUCUGGGAAAGCAAGUUUGACAAAAGCUCAAGCCAACAAGCUUUUCCAGGAAACAUUGAAAGACAAAGUACAAGAAACCAAACGUCUUUUCCCAAAUUACGAUAAAUAUCCCCAUGAAGUCAAGACUGCGCUAGUGAACGGCGUUUUUCGUGGAGAGUAUACAUCUUCUCAGAAGACAGUCAAGUAUAUUAAUAAUGGCGAGUGGGACAAGGUCGCGGAAGAAUAUCUUGACCGAGCUGAUUAUUGCGCAUCUAAACCUGGGCGAGAUGGUGGCAUUAAGAAACGUAUGGAUUAUAAUGCUGAUAUAUUUCGUGGUUAUGCUGAACGUUUGAAGAAGUGACUGUGAACCAAAC